GACAAGUAACCUCUAAAGUUAAAGUAUUUUGUGUUUUUUAUAUUAUAACAACCGUUUUUUGGUUUGUGCGCAAAUGAUGAUACACCUUCAAGCUAACAACUAAAUAUAAGUUUUAAUUUUUUCCCUCACGUUAGUAUACGGUUUGUCGGAAAUUGUUUGUAUUUAAAAAAAAUGUUAUUUCUUCUUGUGUUGGUUAAUUAUAUUUGUGGUUAUUUAUAUUACUGGAAAUAUUAAAAUAUAAUUUUGUUUCAAAUAUACAUUAUGUUAGCAUUUUAUGUAUAAUUCCAAUAGAAUUAAAGUUUCCAGCUACUAUUAAAAUAUUACCAUUCAAGUUGCAGGUAAACUGGAACAGGAUUCAUUUGUUAGAAACGUUUAAGCGAUGGUUGAAAAUUACAAAAUGAACGAAGAUAUACUGAGGAUAUGUCCUUUGUGCAACUCAUGUGUAAAAUUCUUCUUUAUCAACAUGAAUGAAAAGAUGCUAAUGUGCGAAAACACGACUUGUGAAUUCCCAUUUGGUCACGAGGAACUGCAGUUUGUCAAAGAGGACAACGAGAUACUCGGUGACAUGGAAGUCAUUAGUCUCAGCAGGCUUGGCAAAGGAUCAACAUCGGCAUCGGCCUCUAUAGUUUCCACUACCGCUUGGUCAGAAAUUGAUAAAAUCAACAGGGUAUUUGAUUCGGAAGACAGCCAGUUUGAAAUCGCAGGCAAUAGUGUGAAACAAUAUGGGAAUAAAAAGAAGGAUAAAGCGCGGAAGAACCUUGUAAAUGAUAUGCAAAUAUUGAAAAACGUAAAAGAUUUGAAGGGAUUGACAAGGGAGCUAAAUGACAUAGACGAAACAAAGGAAAUUAUCAAAAAUGAGAAGUGGAUAAAGAAUUUAUUGAAUUUGCAAGGUCUGUCUGGAGUGCAACUGUUACAACAACAAGAAAUGGAGCAGUUGAAGAAAACGGAACCGAUUUUUGGAGGGGGCGAACUUAAAAUUGAUAUAGAUACAAACCAAAAUAACAUGUCUUCUAUAAAAAUAGAAAUCACAAACACAAAUGAUGACAAUCGUACUACAGAUGACAUAACAUGCAGCAGUUGAAUUAUUUAGUAGCAUUGGGAGAAAGUCGAACAAAUUUCCUCCAGUAUACAUAAAUACUCGUAUUUUAUACACAGGAUAUUGAAUAUACAUUAACGGGUGUAUUCAUAAUCAUUUUUAAACAGUUCAUUAGUUAAAAAGUUUUUUGUCUCAUUCUGACAUUUGCGAGAUACUUGUUGCUAGAAAGUGACAAAACACUUUUUUACUAAUGAACUGUUUAAAAAUGAUUAUGAAUACACCCGUAAUUGUUUAAUGUUUAAUACAUGUUUAGUUCACUUUGAGAUAGUUUUGGUUAAUUUUAUGAUUGCUAAUACUUAUUGAAAGAUAUUUAUUUGUUGUUUUUUGUUUGUAUUAUUUUUGUUUAAAAAUAUUGAGUUGUAAUAGGUAUGUGCAUGUCGAAAUAAAAUUUGAAAUUAUU